GGACUUUGGAGUGCUGAGCGCGAGCAGAGCGGAGAGCGCGCGCCGCGUCUCUUGGACUUACUGUAUAAGACAAAUAAUAUAUAUAAAUAAAGAGAGAGAGAGAGAGAGAGAGAGAGAUGGGUCUGGAGAAGGAGAAGGCAGAGACCUGCGUGUUUAUGGAUGAGGACGUGUUUCACAGCACCAUCGAGCCCAUUCUCAAAAAAGGGAAAGAGAAAGCGCGCGCGCCGCCACCGGACCGGGACCCGCGAGACAUUAACGCGCACGUAAAGGUAAACUUUGAGGACGUGAUCGCCGAACCCAGCUCGGUGCACAGCCUGGACUCGGUGUGGAUCGGCAGCCAUGCUCUUUUUGAGCUCAUAAAGUUCGUGUUUUACCGGAUCCUGACGACGCUGCUCGCGAUCCCCAUGGCCCUGAUGGCCGGCCUGGUUUUCGCCAUCCUCAGCUGCGUACAUAUUUGGGCGGUGAUGCCUCUCAUUCACAGCUGCAUGAUGACUCUGUCCUGCGGCCAGGUGAUCUGGUCCGGUCUGGUGGACACGUUCCUGAGGCCGGUGUUCCACAGCGCCAGCAGGUGUCUGUCUGCCGUCAACAUCAAGAGCUGCAAACCCGAAGUGCUUUAGGCGCCGACCUGCAUACUUUUCUUAUGAUGUGUUCUUAUAGGACUUGGAGGAGAUCCCAGACCUGAUCAGUCACACCUGAGUCCUCUUCAUGCUCAGCUUCAUCACAAAUGUGUGUGUGUGGGUGUGUGUGUGUGUGUGUUUGUUUUGGCCUGGGAUGAAAUGUACGCUUACACCAUAAACACCCUGACUCUGUGCGGUGAGACGACUGAGCGUCUGCGCGAUAUAACGACGUGCUUAUGCGCCUUGUUCUUUACCGCAAAGAUUUCGACUCCUAGUGGGCAGAAGCAUUUGGUAACAAAUAUAUAGCUAUAUAUAUAUAUCUAUAUAUAUUUAUAUAACCAUGCGUUUAAGCUUUUGUACUGUAUAUAAGGAGACUUUUACAUGUGUAUAGAAAUAUAGAAAUGCUUUGGAAAAGCUAAUCAGUGCAGACUACUUCCUGUUUCCUGCCUCCGUUAGUGUUUAUACAAGACUGUUCUUACACCAGAGCGCUGUCGUAUUCUCAGACAAGACUGAUCGGUAUUUAUUACUUUAAAUACAUAUUAACAUGCUACAUAGGUUAUGAUACUUUAUCGUUGCCAUAGUAACACUAAGGCAAUAACUAUCUAAGUCACUGUGACUUGUUUGGCAGACGCUUCAUGGAUUUCAGUGUUGAAGAGCGAAUUUGUUUGUUGUUUACGUUGCGUUUAUAGAAGGAGUCUCCAGUGGCGAAAAAAACAGGAUUUAGAUAUUUGUUUAUUUGUUUGUUUGUUUUUUGUUUGCUUGUUGGAUGUUUCCAACAUUAAAAAGUAUGACAAUGUCUUUAUUAUUAAUUCAUUCAUUAAUUAAUCAACUGAUUAAUUAAUUAAACUUUUUCAUUGUUUCAGAAUAAGACACAAUAGGACAACCUCCUGUUUACUACAACACAAAAUCAAAUAUAUUACUGUUUUGCGAUAUUUUAAAAGUCGAUAAUUGCACAUGACUAUCCUGACAUUCCAAAAGGAAAAAAAAGAAAGAAAAAGAUGUAAUGAUUUAUUUGAACGAGUACUGUAUUGCAUUUUGUUUUCCAGUUAAUUUGCCUUGCAAAUACGCGCUUGGAAUAGCGCCUGCCCACGACUCUGUGUGUCUUUCUCAGAAAGAAAGGACGGAUUGUUUGUGCACUGGAACACGCCGCGUUCAGGUGUGCGCUUUUUGUUUUUUUCCUUCACCCUAUCCGAUGAUGUCAUGUAGCAACAAUCCGGAGCGUGGCGAGAGAGCAGGAGUCUCUCCGCUCAAUAAAUAAAAGCUCUUUUUUUUCACAUGAUA